CCCUUCUUAGACUUGACACAUUAAAAAUGGUUUCACUUUACUUAAAUAUUUUUAUUUAAGAAAUAAACCUAAGUAUAGUUCAUUAGUGUAACACAAAUUACAUUAAUCAAUUCACUUAUUAAAUGUAUUUAAGACAGAGCAACUCAAAAUGAAUUGUUUUCAUUGGGGACCGCCCCUUUGCACACCCCCUUUGCCUAUGCGCAACAUCCGUUCUGUCAUUUGCCGCCUUUUGUCUAACACUGACUGGAAACUGACUGGGGAAACUGACGGUGGAAAGUCUAUUAUUUGUUUGAUCAGCAUUAACAAGCACCUUGGGGAAACCUCUUAUUUAUGGUUAUGCAUGUGGCAGUGCAAACACUGCAGUUUGGAACUAGCUAGCAGAUUAAAAGGUGUUCCAUAACGGCAGGUCGGGCGCUUCUGCGCAUCAUCUUUGCCGACCAGUCUGACUCUAGAAAACUGACCCUGGAUUCGGGAAUCCCAGCAACAGUUGAAGAACUGCACACAUUUGUCAAGACAUCUCUUCAAUUGAAAGAGGACUUCCGUCUGCAAUACAUGGAUGUUGACUUUAACGAGUUCAUGAAUCUUACAUCAGUGUCUGAAAUUCAGGAUAAAAGCACACUGAAAGUAAUUUACUCUCCUAUAUUGUCAAAUAUUGAGCCCUCCAUCACUUAGUACACAGUUGACUCAUUUGAUAAGACCUCAAUUACUGGAAGCUCAGAGUCUCUAAUCCCUGCAUCAUCAAUAGCCUCAUUCUGCAGUGAUGAUAUGGUGUAUACGUCAACCCCGCAUCCAUCCCCUGAAGCUCAGGCCUCACAAUUGUUAUCCUGGCCCACAGUUUUUGUGGUUCCUAAGCUCACCUACGAGGCUGAAUUUGAGCUUCAUCUACAGAAUGCAGAGUUUGAGACAACUGGUACAUACUUCCAGCCUGGCCUAAAGCUGAAAGGAGUCAUUCUUGAUGGCCUAGCCCAAGAAAUGAUCAAAUUCACAAAAUAUCCAAAAGACUAUCAGUGUGAAGAGGUAGCUGCAGCGUUGACGAGGGCCCACCCUUGUUUGGGGCAGCUAGGAUCCAAGAUAGGAUUUGGGGGGUGGAAACAGUCUCUUAAGUACAAAAUGCAAAACUAUCGUACAAAGCUUGGCCGUCUUGGACAUCCUGAAAUCCUUGUGAACUCCUUAAAGCACAAGAAAACAGGCCAAGGCAAAGCUGCAGCAAACAUAAAAAAACCAAGAAAAGCUGAAGUAAACUACAUUCCUCUGCACCCAAAAGGCGAAACCACAGAAAGCUUGGAGAACGAGAGAAUUGCCUUAUUGUCAGAACUGAAAAAGCGUGACAAUGAAGUGGUGAUAAAAGCAAAAAUGGAAAAAACCUUCUCUCACAGACGCCUUGAGAUUGUGGAGCAAAGGCCUUUGAUAGGGGACUUCAAAUGCAGAUGGCCUGCUCUGUUUCAGCAGAGUGAAGUGAAUGCGGAGUUUUUGAGGAUCACAACAUCACCACUUCAAUCAAAGUUCAUGUGGCAGCUGGACCACUUCUCAGACAAGCUCUUGAAGAUCUUCAAGAUCAAAGGAGGACUAAAGGGCCACAAAAUCAAGGAAGCCCGUGCAAUAUCAGAUUUGUUUGAAAACAUCCACAUCAAGAGGGGGUGCAUCCUGCGAAGCAUCGCGAUCUACCUCAACGAGGAUCCAGACUCUUUUUUUAAGGAGUAUCAGGCCUCUGCCUCUGAAGAUGCCAAGAGGGACAUGGCAAACACAGUCAUGGGCAUAUACACACUUCAAAGAGAUGUGGAUGGGCAGCCAGAGGACGUGGGAAUUGUCAUCGAAGGCAAUAUAGUCAUGGACAACUUGGGCAGCGUGAUUGUGGGAGACGCCCUCACUGCCGCAAAAACUGCCUACCUCUCCACCAUCUUUACCGACCCCUCCAAUAACCCCAGGACCCUCUUCUCCACCGUCAACAAGCUCCUCAAACCCCGUGCCGACACCCUCCCUUCCUCUACUUCCACUUUAUGCAGUUCAUUCCUCCAGUUCUUCUCUGACAAAAUCACUGCCAUUAAUCUCUCCCUUUCCACUGCAUCUGACACACAUACAUCUCCCCCAGCAUCCAGCGCCACAAUUUCUCCCCCCAUCUCCCUGGACCUCCCGAUCCUUCCUCCCCACGGCCGCCUCUCCCAGUUCACUCUGGUUACCCACCCUGAAAUAGUCAAACUGAUCAGCUCCUCCAAACCCACAACCUGCUCCCUUGACCCUCUACCCACCCCUCUACUGAAGUCCUGUCUCUACUGA